GCUGGAGCCGGAGCCGCUGCGCUGAGAUCGGGCGGGGGGGGGCGCGAGGUGCCCUGCCGCGCUGCGCCCCCAAACCCUCGGGGGCCCCCACCAGGCUGCGCGGGGCGCCGGGGGAGGGAGGAGUCUCCGGCCCCCGCCCUGCGGACCCCCCCGGGCCGCCGGCAGGCGCCAGCAGUGGGAGCCGGGGCUCUGCCGGGCGGAGCGCGGAGCCGGCUGGGUUGGGGCGCAGGGUCCCCGCAGCGGGGAGCCACCGCAGCUCGUCGCCGGACCGGGUCCCGCGGGAAGCGCUGCUGGCCCUUGGGAUCCCCAGCCCCGGCGGGCACCGCGGGGAUCCCCGACGGGCCAUGGCCAGACCAGCCGCCCAGCUGGGCGCCACGGAGCGGCUCCCGACCCCUCUGCUCGCCUCCCCGCCGCUGGGGGUGCCCGGGGCCGGCAUGGUCAGCCUGAAGAGCCUCCUGCAGGGGCCCAUCAAGAGCCCGGAGCGCAGGCCCAAGGACCUGAGCACCUGCCUGGCCAAGGAGAAGGAGCGGAAGAUGGAGGAGGAGCUGGGGGGCGCUCGGGCGGGCCAGUGCGCCUACUUGGGCUCCCUGCUGUGGGAGCGGACCCUGCCCUACAGCGAGAUCGAGUACGUGGACCUGGACGAGUUCCUGCUCGAGAACGGGCUCCCCCCCAGCCCGGUCCAGCCGCCCUUCUCCCCGGCCAGCCAGGCCACCCGCUCGCCCUCCAGUGGCAUCGCCGUGGACCUCAGCCGCCCGGCCUCCUGCACCUCCUCGGCCUGCUCCUCGCCCGCGGAGUGCCCGGGCAGCAGCGACGGGGACCAGUGCUGCACCACAGCAGGUCCGGUGACCCCCGCCUCCCGGAACACGCCCAGCCCGGUGGACCCCGAGGCGGUGGAGGUGCUGAUGAACUUUGACCCGGACCCCGCGGACCUGGCGCUAUCCAGCAUCCCGGGUCACGAGACCUUUGACCCCCGGAAGCACCGGUUCUCGGACGAGGAGCUCAAACCGCAGCCGAUCAUGAAAAAGGCGCGGAAAAUCCAAGUGCCGGACGAGCAGAAGGAUGAGAAGUACUGGAACCGGCGCUACAAGAACAACGAGGCGGCCAAGCGGUCGCGGGACGCCCGGCGGCUCAAGGAGAACCAGAUCACGGUGCGGGCCGCCUUCCUGGAGAAGGAGAACGCCGUCCUGCGGCAGGAGGUGGCCAGCAUCCGCCAGGAGCUCUCCCGCUACCGCACCAUCCUCACCAAGUACGAGUCUCAGCACGGCGCCUUGUAGGACGCCGGCCACCUGCACCGCCACGCGCCCCGGCCCCCCCGCGGACGGGGGGGGGGCUGCUUUCCCGCAGCCAGGGGGCGCCCUCUUUCCCCCUUCCCCCGCUCCUGGGCUCCCCCCCUGCGGGGGCUCCAGCGGAUGGACCAGGAGCAAGGAGAGACACUGGCUCGGACCUGGACCCUGCUCCCCCUUCCCGGGCGGAAGUGGGGAGCCAGGCUGACUCUUUCCCGGGGAGCGGGCCGGAGUGUGUGGGGGGGUCUGAACUGGUGACGCAGCCCCCCCCCCAGCCCUGCAGCAGGACUAAGCGGGGGUUUGGGUGGGCGUGCGCACAUACGCCCCGCCCCACCGAAUGGAAGAGGUGGGUGGGAGGCACAGAGCCAAUCGGUGGCAGGGUUAUCUGAUGAAGGGGAGGGGCUGGGAGCCAGGACUCCUGGGUUCUAUCCCUGGCUCUGGGAGGGGAGUGGGGGCUAGUGGUUAGAGGAGGGGGGCUCUGGCCUCCUGGAGCUGAGGGUAGAACCCAGGAGUCCUGGCUCCCAACCCCCCUUGCUGGAAAAGAGACCAAGGGCUGUUACUUUGCCAGCUCUUGUGCAUCACCUGCUGGUGGCGAGUUGUAAUAGGCACCUGUGGCUUCUAUCAGUCACAGCCAGGGACUGGGUGAGGGGGCUGGAGCCUGGGGGGUCCUUCACCCUAGUGCCCCCCGACUCCCCCUCCCUUCUUGCUUCAAACUGCUUCUCAACAGCCAGAUUUCAGAGCAAGCAAGGCCAGUAACUUUGCUUGGGGGGGGGGUUGGAAUCCCAGGACUCCUGGGUUCUCUCCCCAGCUGUGGGAGUGGAGUGGAGUCAAGUGGUUGGGGGGGGGGUGGACCUCUGACCUCCCAGGGCAGGGAUAGAACCCAGGAGUCCGGACGCCCAGCUCUCCACGACCCCACUCCCCACCCAGAGCCGGGGAUAGAGCCCAGGAGUCCUGGCUCCCAGUCCUUCUCCUUUAACCCUUUGCACUCUGACCACUUUUGAGGCGCCGGUGUUGCUGGCAGGGGGGGCGCGUGGCGCGUCCCCGCCGGGACACUCCACGGGUUUGCACAGGGGUUCAGAGCAGGG